UUAGCGUCCCGUUGAGUUCGGCAAAGUGUCCGGUGAAGCAGAGAUAUCCGUUCCUUCGACGAAACGAGACACAUAGAAAAAAGGGUGUCUUCUUUUUUCCUUGUUCGUGAUAAGGUGUCCGAGUCGCGACUAAUUAUUAUACUAUACACACAUAAUACAGUACUAUAAAGGGUGAGUCAUUUGGAUAGGAACAUCAAAAUAUCUUCGUUGUUUAUGAACGUAACAAUUGACCCCUCGAAGAAAAUUGACGUCUUUCAAAUAGACCAAUUUAUAACAAUAGAAAAAGAAUUUUUAUACGUUUAUAAACAACGAAAAUGAUCGAAUGUUUCUCUUGAAAUGACUCACCUCGCAUUUUGUGAUACCACUAGAAAAAUAUAGCAGACUCCUCCUCGUGAAGACCUCGGUAAAACGUUGAAUAGGAUACAGGUGUUCAUGUUUGACACCUUGAAGAAAGAGCAUUCGAUUGCUUCCCGAUUUUUUUUUUCGUUUCUAAUCAAACGCAAGAUCGUAUCGAUGCAGACGCGAAGUGCACUAUCGCUAUUGCUAGUGAUGUCGGCGAUGUCAUCGUCGAUGCAUCUUCUUCUUCCCGAAGCGGAUGCAUAUCCGUCAGAUCUUCUCAAGGAUGAUAAAGGUCAGGAAAGAACGGGACCGUCUUUGUCGCUUAGUGAACUCACUCAGGGAAACGAGCUCGGUAACGAGAAACACGAAGACGAGUUGGAAAAGUUGCAAAAGAUCUUCGGUAUACGCGGCCAGGGCGAAAAAUCAGCCCAUCGUAAGAUACCACCUCAGUUCAUGAUGGAACUAUAUAAUACUAUCGCCGAUGAUAGCGGCGUCACGCGAGGACGAAAUCCUUAUAAUGCUAAGGUCGUACGGAGUUUCGUUGAAAGGGAUACCUCCUUGUCUCAUUUCUAUUUCUUCAACGUGUCCGGCCUGGAAGUAAACGAAUCGGUUUUGGAAGCCGAGUUACAUCUUUAUAGAAAGAAAACGCCCACUAAAACGGUGCAUCCUUCGACGCUUACGUCGCCGUAUUACUUGAUAAGAGUCUAUCAAGUCUUAGACGAGAGAAGUCUUGCUGUACCGAGUCUUCAUAAGUUACUCAACAUUCAUUACGCUGGAGUACAUACUUCGGGUUGGCAGGUGUUUAACGUUAAAGAAGCCGUGCUCUCUUGGGUCAGCGGUGAUCCAAAUCUAGGUCUCUUGGUGACGGUCACGACUUUGUUCGAUGAUGAAGUAAACGUCGAGUUUUCCCGACGAAAUGAGUAUCAUCAUAACAAGCAACCGAUCUUAGUUCUUUUUGACGACGACGGUAAGGAACAACGAUCUGGAAUGAAAAUCGUCCCCGAUUACUAUACUUAUGGAAACGACAAUAUCGACGAAGAUGAAUUACGUUAUGAUGGAGUAGAUGAUAAGAUUGACUUGGAGGAAGAAUAUGACGAGCAUCUUCAAAGACAGAAAAGACAGAGAGGCGAGCCUGAAGACUCGUCAGCGAUACAAAAACGCGAAAAAGAUUUUUUUUCAAGAGAGAAGAGAAAACACGAAGAGUCAGACUCAGCUUGGCGGGAAGAUUCCGUAGAACGUGAUCGACGUGAUACAAAAUUAACUAGAAAACGUCCUAAGAAGAUUAUCUCGCAUAGAACGAAGAUGACGCAUGUUUUAACGUCGAUGGACAUUUACGAGAGAGCUAUGCUUCGGGAGAAAUUAAAUAAAGUGUCUCAAAGAGCUAACAGGACUCAACGUAGAGAAAGAAGAUCAACAAAAAAACAAAGUCCUUCGUUAGGUCACAAAAACACGACCGUGUGCUCGAGACAUGAACUUUACGUUGAUUUCAAGGAAAUUGGUCUUUCUUCAUCCAUAAUUGCGCCUAAGGGAUAUUCUGCAUACCAUUGCAAAGGUCUUUGUGAGUCACCGCUGAGCCAAGAUCAACAACCGACAAAUCAUGCCACCGUACAAGGUAUUGUUCAUAAAAUGGGUUUGGUGAAAGGCGUUGAAAUGCCUUGCUGUGUACCCACGAAGCUACUCAGCACCAGUAUACUUUUCUUCGACGAUAACGAAAACGUUGUUCUGAAAAUGUACGAGGACAUGAUAGCUGAUCGUUGUGGUUGUCGUUAAUCGGAUAACGCUUGUUUUGACCGAAAAUUGUUGCUCGAUUUUUCCUGAAGAAUUCACGUCAAAAGGACACACGGAUUAGUGAUCGUACGAACGAUUUGUGAGUGUUCUUCGGGAUUUGAAGAAUUAUGUCUAAGAGAAUAGAUUAAAUGUUGUAUCUUUUGGGUUCUCGUUGGUCUUUCUAAGUACUUACGUCCUCCUAAAAGAAAAAUAAAAAAAGAUUAUUAUCUUUACAAUAUCGAGCGUUAUUUUCGCAUAAGUCGUUGUACGUCGACAAAGUCCUGUUUGUAAAUAAGAACAUUCCCAAGUACGCGUACACGUGUGCACGCGUGCGUCCUCCCCUCUCACAUACACAUACACACACACAACACGAACACACACAACGUUGUACUGUAAUGUAAUCUAUUGUUAUAACGUAUCUCUGUAAAUUAUUAUAAUCGUAAUUCGUAGAUAUAGAUAUAAUGAGAUUAAAUUUGUAUAUAUAUCUCGUGACAACUUCAUUAGAAUUAUUUAUAGCGAAAUAGUAGAUAUACAAUAAAUGAUAUUUAAACCGAUAA